UUUGACGCAAACAAAGCCAGCCAGCCCAGCAGGUUAACCAUGAGCCUUUGGUGCAAACAAAUGGCGUCAUCUGCCGCUGUCCUCCAUUUCCCCUUCUUCAACCUCUCCAAAAUCCCAAGGGCAAGAACAGUAACAGCAGCAGCAGCAGCAGCCUCUUUCUCAUCAUCAAAUCCCCAAACCCUAACCCUAACCCCAGCUCAAACCGACCAAAUCUCCCUCUACGUCCGCACCCUCCUCCAAUGGAACCAGAGGAUGAACCUGACGGCGGUGACGGAGGAGGGCGAGGUGAUGACGAGGCACGUGGAGGACUCUCUUGCCCUGAUUUCUCCUCUCAAGAGGUCUUAUGCGUCUCAUUGCAGAAGUAGAGCUGAUGAUGAUGAAGAUGCCCCGAGUCUCAAUCUUGUUGAUGUUGGGUCUGGUGCUGGGCUCCCCGGAUUGAUCUUCGCCAUCGCCUGUCCAAGCUGGAAAAUUACACUUUUGGAAUCAAUGCAAAAGCGGUGCUUAUACUUAGAGCAUGUGGUUGACCUCAUUGGAUUGUCAAAUGUGGAAAUCUUACGUGAAAGAGCAGAGAACGCAGGCCAAUGUCUUGAAUUCAGAGAAUCAUUUGAUGUCGCAGUAGCAAGAGCUGUUGCUGAAAUGAGAAUAUUAGCUGAGUACUGUCUUCCAUUGGUUCGUGUUGGUGGCUUGUUUGUAGCUGCAAAAGGCUAUGACCCUCAGGAAAAAGAGAAUUAUAUGUACCAGCUACUUUCGAUUUUUAUUGUCUCAUCUUCCUAUGACUUGAUCCUCGUUAUUUGUAAGGAAGAAGUCAAGAGUGCGGAGAAAGCAAUAAAAUUGCUGGGUGCCUCCAUAUUGGAACUUUGCUCUGUGGAAUCGCAAGGGCCUCUCGGACAAAGAACCGCUGUUAUAUGCUUGAAAAAUUGUGCAACUCCCAAGAAGUAUCCUCGUCUUCCCGGUAUUCCUGCAAAGACGCCACUGUGAGCGAGCUGUGCCGUCGUCUGUAAAGAUUUGAAUUUUGUUCGUCUGUUGUAUCAUUACCCUCGUCCAAUGUCAACUAUUGGCCGUGAAAAAUACGUGAUAUGGACCUUUCUCAAACUUGUAGGCCUACUGUGGGGAUAGACACAACAAAAUACGGUUGCUGUAUUUUGUUGUUAAUUUCGUUCUUGUCUGGUCCUUGUGCAUGACUCCUGUGAUAGCUUCUUUUUUUCAUAUCAUUAAGUGAUCAUCCGGAGGUUGAAGU